AUACGGUCUUAUCUUACCCUCGCCCUCUGUAUCUUGCUUCGAAUUUUCUUCCAUUAAAAAUAAAACAAAGACCCUAGGCGAUAACAAAAAUAGUAGAAAAAACUAACUCUACUUUUGCAUGGGGCAUCACCGGGAAAUCAAGAUCCGACCAGCGCAUGCUGAUUUUCCCUGCUAAAUGCGAGAAACCAUGAGACGCGGUUGUUUACAUAAACCUCAGGAACUAGAAGGAAAUGAUGACAAUAUCAGCAACAGAGACAAUAAGCAGAAGGAACACGUCAGUGAAACUCCAAAAAGGAGUUGCUAAAUUUUCGAUUAUUUUCAUUUAAGUCCCUCUGCAAUGGCUGCCACGUCUAAUACAUCGACGACUCCGGUAGACUCAGUCUCGGCUGAUGAGUUAGCAGCCAAGGCCGUGCAAAAAAGGUACGAAGGGUUACUGAUGGUUCGAACCAAGGCUAUAAAAGGCAAAGGAGCAUGGUAUUGGGCACAUCUCGAACCCAUGCUCGUUCGUAACGCCGAUACCGGACUCCCCAAAGCUGUAAAACUCCGAUGCUCUUUGUGCGACGCCGUUUUCUCAGCGUCCAAUCCUUCAAGAACAGCUUCGGAACAUCUAAAGAGGGGAACAUGUCCCAACUUUAACGCUUUUGCUAAACCCAUUUCUUCUGUUUCUCCAUCUCCGACAACGGUUGCAGCUGGAACCGCUACUCAAACUAAUAGAAAACGAAGUUCUUCUUCGGUCACGAUAACUGCCACUGGCCAGGUUCUUGUCGCAUCCGGUUCGGGUUGCUCUUAUCAGGCUACUCCGUUGGCUAUUGUUGAUCCUCCAAGAUCAUUUGGGGAGUUAGCUUGCUCGCCGUCGCCUGGGGCAGUUAUGACGGCGAGUGAUGGGAGUUUGGCGCCACAAAAUCAACAUCAUUUGGUUUUAUCUGGAGGUAAAGAGGAUUUAGGUGCUUUGGCUAUGUUGGAAGAUAGUGUAAAGAAGCUAAAAACCCCCAAAACAUCACCUGGGCCAACUUUAAGCAAAUCCCAGAUUGAGUGUGCUGUUGAUUUGUUAGCUGACUGGAUUUAUGAGUGUUGUGGGUCAGUUUCAUUUUCGAGUCUUGAACAUCCAAAGUUCAGAGCUUUUCUUAAUCAGGUCGGGUUGCCGCCAGUUUCAAGCAGGGAGCUUGCUGGGAGUAGAUUGGAUGUUAAGUAUGAGGAAGUGAAAGCAGAAUCCGUGGCCAGGAUUAGAGAUGCUAUGUUCUUCCAGCUUUCAUCUGAUGGGUGGAAAGUUAGGAGCUUUGCUAGUGGCGACAGGAGCUUGGUGAACUUGGCUGUGAAUUUGCCUAAUGGGACUAGUUUGUAUAGAAGUGCAGCUUUUGUUAGUGGUUUUGUCCCUUCAAAAUAUGCAGAGGAGGUGCUGUGGGAAACGGUGACUGGAAUUUGCGGGAAUGCCGUGCAGCAAUGUGCAGGGAUUGUUGCUGAUAAGUUCAAGGCUAAAGCAUUGAGGAAUUUGGAGAAUCAGCACCAUUGGAUGGUUAACCUUUGUUGUCAGUUUCAGGGUUUUAAUAGUUUGAUUAAGGACUUUAACAAGGACCUUCCUUUGUUCAAGACAGUGACUGAUAACGCCUUGAAGCUUGCAAAUUUCAUAAAUAUCACACCUCAAAUUCGAAUUACCUUUGAAAAGUAUCUGUUGCACGAGUGUGGGAGUACCGAGUUCUUGAGGGUACCUUUGCGUGAUCACGAGAGCUUGAAUUUUGGACUUGUUUAUACAAUGAUUGAAGAUGUACUGAACUCUGCUCGGGCACUUCAGUUGGUUUUGCUUGAUGAAACAUAUAAAACGGUAUCCAUGGAAGAUCCAGUCGCCAGAGAAGUUGCUGAAAUGAUUCGAGAUAUGGGGUUUUGGAAUGAUUUAGAGGCAGUGCAUUCAUUGGUUAAAUUGAUCAAGGAAAUGGUACAAGAGAUUGAGACUGAAAGACCAUUAGUUGGGCAAUGUCUGCCGCUUUGGGAGGAUCUCAGAACCAAGGUGAAGGAUUGGUGUUCGAAAUUUCACAUUGCAGAAGGUCCAGUUGAGAAACUGAUUGAAAGACGGUUCAAGAAGAACUACCACCCGGCUUGGGCUGCUGCAUAUAUACUUGAUCCACUUUAUUUGAUUAAAGACAUGAGUGGGAAGUACCUUCCCCCUUUCAAAUGCUUGACAGUUGAGCAAGAAAAGGAUGUCGAUAAGCUGAUAACCAGGCUUGUAUCAAGGGAGGAGGCUCAUAUUGCUCUUAUGGAACUUAUGAAAUGGAGAACAGAAGGGCUCGAUCCGGUAUAUGCUCGAGCUGUGCAGAUGAAGGAAAGAGAUCCCAUCACUGGGAAGAUGAAAACUGCUAAUCCUCAAAGCAGUAGGCUUGUUUGGGAAACUUAUCUUACCGAGUUAAAGUCCCUAGGGAAAGUUGCAGUUAGGCUUAUUUUCCUCCAUGCAACCUCGUGCGGAUUCAAAUGCAACGGGUCUUUGUUAAGAUGGAUAGGUGCUCAUGGACAUUCAAGAGUAGGCAUGGAGAGGGCUCAAAAGUUGUUAUUCAUCACAGCGCACUCCAAGCUCAACCGGAGGGUUUUUUCCAGUGAGGAAGACAAGGAUGCAGAGCUUUUCACAUUGGCAAACGGUGAGGAUGAUGUGCUAAACGAGGUUCUUGUGGAAACAUCCUUAGUGUAACGUUUUUCCUUUCUCCCAUUUCUUUAUAUAUUUGAAGAAAAAAAAUGAAUUCUUUGGGGAUUUUCGAUUUGCAGAGAACUCUUCUUGUGUGUAAAUAUAUAUAGAUGCCUGCAUGAAUGGAAGUUACGAAACAUGAAGAGCAUUGUAACUUUUUUUCGUCUAGCAUUAUUUUUAUAAAAAAUAAUACAUCUAUAAAGGGGAAGCUUUAUGAUUUCUCUUCUCGUUUUAUGAACAUAUCUUGACUGUAUAUUCUUUCGAGGUUUACAAACAAGCCAUUCUUUUAACAUAAAACACUUAUGCACAGGAGACCUGCCUCUUGACUAAUAUUGAAGUUAUUUAAUCUGGUUUGGCUUGUAUGAUACCUUCUAUGUGUUUUUUGGUUUAUGGAACUCGCAAUAUAGAUUUGGGUUCUUAAGAAUCCGAAAAAAGCAGUUUCAUUUGCGGUCCAAAUCCGACAUUUUAUGAAGCAUUUAAUCCUGCAAGACAGUUACCUUUCUGUCUGAAAAAGUUUGUCAUAUUGUUUCUAUUUAGAUCUUAAGAUGCAGCUGGUCCCUAGAUUUCAAUAUUGUUUCAAGUUUGGAGUUUGGAUCCCUUGCAUCAACUGUCUUAUAGCUUUCAAACAUGUUCAAUUUGUACAUAUAUAUACUCAUCUACAGGGUCUUUCUGCAAAUUGAACUUGGUUCCAAGUUCGGGCUUGUUUUCGGUCAAAACCGGUAAUUGUCUGGACCAUGAUACC